AUGUCGUUUGUUUCGAAAGAUAAAGAAAACAAUGAAAAUGGUUGGUCAUCGGAAUCAUUACUGGAAUUAUCUGAUAUUGCUCAAGAACAACUACGUGCAUUAGAAAAACUUAAUUUCACUCCUAUUCAUACAAAAUGUCAACAAGAACUUGAAUCAUGGCAUUCAGCAGCUAUUGCACAUUUAGGUCAAAUAUAUUCACAACGUUUAGCAGAUUUAGCUCAAGUUUAUACUCAAGAUGUUUGUCCAGAUUCUGAAAAAUUUAAACAAAAAAUGAUUGAACAACUUAAAAAUCGUAUUAUGCCGCGAAUUAGUAAAGUUCUAGAUGAUCCAACACCUGAUCCAGAAAAAGUAGAAAAAAUGCAGGUUCGUAUAUUAAUCUAUUAUUCAACUUUAAUCUUCGGCACUUAA